AUGAGAGCCUUCACGGCGGCAUGUCGAACGAGGCCUAACCACCUGGGCCGUUGCGGGCGCGGCCCCCCGUGCCCCGCGCUGUCCAGCGUGGCAGCAGCCACCAUGCGAGCGUUGGCCAUGCAUGCUGUCGCCGGGUUCGUCCCGGAGCCAACCGCCCAACCGCCGACCAUGGACGACGGCUACUAUGACGACACCGCCGAAACGACCCAUGCCCAGCUCCCGCCCGCCUUCAUUUUGGCCCCGCUGAACUCGGCCGCGCGGAAAGCCGUCGACCACGAGAGGAAUGGGCACCUCCGCUUCAAGAUCAACGACACCAUCGGCAUCUGGGUCAACUUUGCUGACCAGAGACAUAUCUGGACGCUGGGUAAGGGCGACACCGACAUACACCUCCCAGACACCAGGUCCAGCAGCGGCAAAGGCUCUCCGCAUAUCUCGCCCGUCCAUGCGUCCUUCCAACUGGUCGAGGAGACAGGCGCCGUCUUGCUAUUCGACAGUUCCGACAACCGUACCGUCGAGCCACUCCCGCACGCCACUUCGUACACAGUCCCGUUCCGCUCCAAUGCCAGGUCGGUCCUUGUCGCCCCCGGUAUCAACCCGAGGGUAGCGUUUGGGAAAGACCACUGGUACCAGUUCGAAAUACAAUGGCAUUCAGAUGGUCUCUAUUCCUUGCCAAAGGGCGAGCCCUACCAGAUGGGCCCAAGAAACUCGCGGACUAAGAAGUAUGUGUGGGGUGGGGAGGUUGGGGCCGGCUCCUACGGCACCGUCUCGUGGGUAUUGGAUGCCACCAACGGCAAGAUCAUCGCCGAGCACAUUCUCGAGAUUCUCGACUACUCUGGCGGUGGGAAGAACGACAACUGGGGCGAGAUCUUCAUGCCGCUCAUGGGCGGCAACCUCAAGACGCUAGUCGAGAACGUCCCGGACGCCUACGCCCUCUCCAACGAUGUCCUGCGCCAGAUGCUCCUCGCCCUAGAGUGCAUCGCCAGCCACCGCAUCAUCCACCGCGAUGUCAAGCCGGAAAACAUCCUUUGGGAGUACGACGCGACGAACACAAACAACUACCGCUUCUGCCUUGGCGACUUUGGCCUGUCUAACGACCCGGAUCUGGCCCGCACUGCCGCCGGGACCGAGCCGUUUAUGGCGCCCGAGGUCUUCAAUAGGAAGCGGCAGACCACCAAGGUCGACAUCUGGUCGUUAUUUGCCACCAUUGUUUGGACGCGCACGCCCCAGUUCCGCCAGCUGUGCGCCCAAAUGAGCGCGCCGGACCUGCACAAGUGGCUGGUCGACUUCUCCAAGACGGAGCCGUACGCCAACAUACGCCGGAUGGCAAGCAUCGAUCCUAAUAAGCGGCCUUCGGCGACGGAACAGUUGGCCAUCUUAGACGGGCAACACGACGACGUUGCCAACACGGCGACCUACGGGAGCCCGAGCGGGGAUGAGCUGGGUGACGACUUCAACGCGCGGUUCUCCAGUGCCCUGCGCCUGCCGGAGCAUAACCCUGAUCUAUUAACCUACGGCUCAGGCAGUUCGGGGGCGGUCACGUCGCCCGAGCUACCGUACUAUGAGCCGUACGCCAGCAGGGUGUACGAGACAUAUUGGGAAGCCCGUGCGGGGCCGAGCAGGCAGUAUAUGCCGCCAUCGCCGGAUCCGGCUGGCGAGCCCCGCGGCCAUGGGGCAUACGUUAUGCCCUACGAAGACCCAUACGGUCCGGCCGUCAGACAGGGUAGCGGGAGCGGUACGGCUGUGCCAGACAACUUCACCGCCGUUGCCGAAACCGACGAAGAGGCCCUUUGA